CAGCGCCUUGCUUCGGAUAAAAUGGCGGAUCUCGAUUCAAAAACAAGKAUAUUUAGCUGAUUUCCUGGCUAGAGURCAGUCCUAAAGCUUUGUAAUGUGACUGCCUAAUCCCUUGCUGUCCUUGAGUAUUGUAUUCAGUAACACUUUAAAUUCGGAUGCCGCGAUUUUUACGUAAAUCCCCAGCAAAAGAAAGUAAGAAAGAUAAGAAAACUGAAAAAAAGAAAAAGACGAAAGAAAAUUCAAAAGACAAAACAYCUUGGAAAUCGCAGCCUGGAACAUUAUAUGAUGAAGAAGAAGAAGAAGAAAACUUCAUGCAAAAUGGAUUUAUUGGAGUUGGACGGUGUAGGAGGCUACUGGCUUCCUGCCCAAACAGAAGUGGUAGUACCAAGUGUGUUGCCACAUUCAAAAGAAAAUCAAGGCUUUCCAAGUGCUUACUUGAAGUUCUAAUGGAUGACAGUGUUUUGCCAUACUUCAUGGAAUACAUGCAGACACAAAAUGCCACAAACUUAUUGAACUUUUGGCUGACAACAGAAACAUUCCAUCUGUCAACAAUAAGCAGACUCAAAAUAAAUUCUUUAUCUCGUAUAAAGUCUACAUUACCCACAGAAACAUUAGUAAAUGGAAAUGAGAAAUGCGAAGGUGCUGCUUGCUCUUCAUUGUCAUCAAAUGAAGAUAAACAAAGGAUUUUAAGUGACAGUAGUAGUGACAGUGAGUUUGGAUGCUUUACAAGUUACUCAGCAGAUACAACUGAACAUAGUGGACCAAAGCAAUUAUUGGACAAAUUAAAUACUGGAGCACUCCUUAUUUGUGAUAAAUGUGGUAACAUUGUUCCUAAGAAUAAUUCARAAUGCAUGAUAUGUGGUCCUGAUAAUGUUGAUCAACAAACCUUUGAUAACAAAAUAAGUGAAGAACAUUGUAGUGAUGCUUUAGAAGAUGUCUUUGAUGAAAUGGUCAGUAAAUCAGAUGGCAAGAGAGUUACUUUUGAUCUUAACCCAGACUAUGAACAUGAGGAACGUGAAUUUUGUCGGCGACGUACAAGAAGUAUAAUCAUUGAUGCCAUGAGUAUAUACAGUAGAUAUAUUUCAUUAGAAGCAACUCAUCCGUUUGGUCUUGAUGAGCCUCUUAGGCGUCAGGUAGAAGCAAAUAUAUGCAGUGAAGAUGGAAAAAUUGACCCAGAAUGCUUUUCACCAGCUCAAGCCUUUGCUUUUAAAGUCAUGGACAGAAUGUAUUUUCCCUCAUUUGUGCGCAGUCCUCUUUAUUGUAAACACCAGCUGGACAUACUGACAGGGUCCAAAGUUUUCCUCUCUGACAUCAUUUAUAAUGAGCAUGCCAUGUUCUACUUUAUGGAGUUUUUAGAGCAGGAAGGAGUGAGACACAUGCUGGAGUUUUGGCUGACUGGUGAUAAUUUUCAGUUGAUGCUGAAAGAUAAGCUAGACAAUGGUGAAUACAAUAGUCAACAAGCCUUAGAUGACGCUAUGAUCAUUUAUGAAAGAUAUUUUUCUAUGCAAGCAAGUUUACCUCUUGGCUUUGAUGAUGUGACAAGAAUAGAGAUUGAGAAUAACAUCUGUCGUGAUGGUGGCCCUCUACCAGACUGCUUGAGUACACCCUUGGAACAUAUCUUAUGCUUGUUGGAAGAGGUUUUCUUUCCAAGUUUCUUACAAAGUGAUAUCUACUUCAAGUACUUGAAUGAGCUGUUGAACUCAGUAUCCGACACACCACAUGAAACAACACAAGAAAAUGAAAUAACAACUAAUAAAGGACAGCAUACCAAUGAGAGUACACGWUUGGUUACAUCAUUUGGUUCAGAGCUUGAUUUARCUGAAAACCCUGAUGCUAUUUGGCACAGACCAAAUGCUGGACCACUGUCAAUUGGCCGAGUUAAUGAGUUUGGUAUAUAUGAGCCCAUCUUUGAUCCUGAACCUGACAGAGACAGACACAAUACAUCUACAGCUUCUAAGCUUGGUAAAGCAAUGAGGAAGUUGGUGUCAGGUGGUGAGGACAAAGCAAAAGAAGAAAUGGCAUGGAAAAUUGCCAAAAUGAUGAUAGAAGAUGUUAAAACACAAACCAAACAUUAACAAUACUUAUAAAUACAAAGUGAAUUAUAAAUUCAAAAAGAAUUAAAACAUGUACAUGUUCUAUAAACAAGGUAUUGCUAGCUUAUAUACUAUUCAAAUUUAAAUUGAAUGGCACAGUUUUUUAUUUGAAAUGAGAAUUUGUGUUAAUAUAGAUUUUUAUACUUUCGUGACCAACACUUUUGCCUUUUUUGCAAGAUGACAAACUCUGCCAGUGGCAUGGUGAUCUAAAACCGUUGUACUCUGGAUUGCAAACAGAAUUAUUAUUAAAUUUACAUACUGUAAAAAAAUUAAACGGGUUUCAAUAUAUGCKAUGCUAUGUGAUCGGAUAAAGGUCGGUUGGUGGCUGCUAUGAAGCGACUUCGUGUGCCUGCAACUCGAUCACUUUCAGCUACACCCUUCUUGCACUGAGAGUAAUAGGUCAUUACACUACGAAAUUUAUAUUUUGAUUUUUUCGUUUUUAUAAAGUUGGAAAAAAGAUAUCUCUUGAAAUUAUCAUAAAUUAGCCAUAUAGGAAUUAGAAAGUUGAAUAAAAAAUGCAUAAGGAAAAUCG